AGUCAACGCCUUUGUCUCUCUUUCUCUUUCCGCCUCGUCUUCUUCUUCAUCUUCCACUCGUCUUCCCUUUCUUCUCCACCUCUUUCUUUCAUUCAUUCCCCUUUCUCUCUCUACACUAUGAAAAACCCAUUUCAUUAGCUGUUUGGGUUACUCAAAUAAACCAAAAAUUUUCAAUUUUGUUUAUCAAGUUCCAAUUUUUUUUUUCCAAUAAAAAUCCCGAUGGGUAACGGGAUUGGGAAGCUCGGCGUUUGCUUCACCGGAAUCAACGACGGUAGGCGGCGGCCCGAUAUUUCCGUUCUGUUAACAAAUCCAUUAGAUGAAGGGCUGGGGCACUCGUUUUGCUAUGUCCGGCCGGAUCCCUUGAGACUUUCGUCAUCAAAAGUUCAUUCUGAAGAAACCACCACUUUCCGAUCAAUCUCCGGCGCCUCUGUUAGUGCAAAUACAUCAACUCCUCUUUCUACGGCUCUUGUUGAUCUGUAUUCGUACAAUAGCAUUGAUCGAGCAGCGGCUUUUGAGAGUUCAACUUCUUUCGCUUCAAUCCCUUUGCAGCCGAUCCCUAGAAGCAUGAUAAAUUCGGGUCCGAUUUCGGGGAAUUUCAAUGGAAUCCCCUGUUCUGGGCCUUUGGAAAGAGGGUUUUUAUCGGGUCCAAUUGAGCGAGGGUUUAUGUCGGGUCCACUGGAUCGGGGGAUUUUUUCGGGUCCUCUUGAUAAUUCUACAUCCACUGAAUUUCAGAGGAGUUUUUCUCAUGGUGGUGGGUUUAAUUCCAGAUCUAGAUCAAGAAAAAGCCGGUUAAUUCGAAUUCUGAGAACCGCAAUUUCGAAAUCGCUUCAUCGAGGGCAAAAUUCCAUUGUGGCUCCGAUUAAAGCGGUUAAAGAACCCGAUUGGAUCGUCUUGCCCGAGACGCAUAAUGAGAAUUUGACUGUGAGUAGUUUGAAUUUCAGCAGCGAAGGGAGUUUGGAGGAUGAUGAUUCAAUGGAGAGCCAAAAUCUGCAGUGGGCUCAAGGAAAAGCAGGGGAAGAUCGAGUUCAUGUUGUGGUUUCUGAAGAACAUGGGUGGGUUUUCGUUGGGAUUUAUGAUGGAUUUAACGGUCCUGAUGCUCCUGAUUAUCUCUUGUCCAAUUUAUAUUCCUCUGUUCAUAAGGAACUUAAAGGUUUGUUAUGGGAUGAAAAGCUCAAUUCCGCCGGUGUUGCCGCUCCGGCAACUUCCCCUGUUCGUUAUGAGAAUCCAUGUUCAGAAACAAGAGAUUUGGAGAGGAAUCGAGUGAGUGAUGCUUGUUCUCAGUGUGUAGAACAAGAGAAUCAUCCUUGUGUCAGUGGAGAUGGGAAUUCUGGAUUGAAUUCUAGGAAAAGAAAAGGUAAGAAUUUAAGAGGAAAGUUUAGAGGAGCUGCUGAGAAGUGGGAGGAUAAUCAACGGUGGUGGAAGUGCGAAUGGGACCGGGAAAGAUUAGAACUCGAUCGGAGGUUAAAGGAGCAGUUGAAUCGAUCGGGAUCGAAUGGUUCGAGGUCGAUUAAUCAUUCCGAUGUUCUCAAAGCUCUGUCUCAGGCAUUGAAGAAAACAGAGGAGGCCUAUUUGGAUAUCGCAGACAAGAUGCUUGAUGAAAAUCCUGAACUGGCUUUGAUGGGUUCUUGUGUGCUUGUGAUGCUUAUGAAAGGAGAUGAUGUUUAUGUGAUGAAUGUUGGUGAUAGCCGAGCUGUUUUAGCACAGAAAGCGGAGCCCGAUUAUUGGCUCGGGAAGAUUCGACAAGACUUGGAGAGGAUUAAUGAAGAGCCAGUUCAUGACAUUGAAGCAUUAGAUGGGGAUAGAGCAUUUACAUCUGCUAACCUUACUGCUUUUCAGCUUUCCAUGGAUCAUAGUACCAGUGUUGAUGAGGAAGUCCAGAGAAUAAAAAACGAACACCCUGAUGAUGCUGGUGCCGUGAUGAACGACCGUGUCAAAGGCUCGUUGAAGGUUACUCGGGCAUUCGGUGCUGGUUUCCUCAAACAGCCUAAAUGGAACAAUGCGUUGUUGGAAAUGUUCAGAAUCGACUACGUCGGGAAAUCGCCAUACAUCAAUUGUUUACCAUCUCUCCACCACCAUAGAUUGGGACCAAAAGACAGAUUUUUGAUACUAUCAUCUGAUGGACUCUACCAGUACUUCACAAACGAAGAAGCUGUUUCUGAAGUCGAACUUUUCAUCUCAUUGCAACCUGAAGGAGACCCGGCUCAACAUCUGGUUGAAUUACUGCUGUUUCGGGCUGCAAAGAGAGCUGGUAUGGAUUUCCAUGAGUUACUUGAAAUACCGCAGGGCGACCGGAGGAAGUAUCAUGACGAUGUGUCGAUCAUUGUAAUUUCAUUAGAAGGAAGGAUAUGGAGAUCUUGUGUAUAAAAUAGUAGAAAGAAGCAGGUAGAUGAUAUAGAGAAGAACUCAGUAAAAGGUCAGGCUUUUUUUCUUUAUGUUAAUUUUUCUCUUUUUCCCUUAUCACCAUUGUAAGAUACAGUGAUUAAAGUUCUUAGAAUUGCCUCAAGAACUUAAUUCUGCAGUUUACAAGGAGGUGGCAAGGAGAUGUAAAGUGUAAAAGCUUGUUCUUUUUAAUAAAAAAGAAAAAAAAGAAAAAUAAAAACUGUCAAGGAAGGAAAAUUUGUAAUU